AUGAUGGAAUUUAAGCAAGUAGUUGUAUUAAGGAUUAAGGCAUAAGCUGAAGAAAAAAUGAAUUAAAUUUUAGAUACUUUAGAUCUAAAUAAUUCCAAUCUUAUAGAUUAUUCAGAAUUUAAUAUGGGAGCUAUGAGAGUAGAAAAUUUGGUAUCAACUGAAAGGAUUAAAUAAGCAUUUAGAAUACUUGAUAUUGUAAUCUUUCUAAUCAAUACAGAAUGAAGAUGGCUUUAUAUUAAAGGAAGAAUUAGAAGAAGUUAUGGGAUUCUUAGAAACUGAAAUUUAGGAAUAAUUUUAAAUGAUCAAGAUUUGA